UUUUGGGGGACGGGCCUCUGCCCCCAGUCUGAACACACGCACACACACACACACACUCACACACACUCACACACACUCCGGGGGGACAGGCAGGAGAGGUCCGGUUCUCCGGGGGAAACAAGAGACCCUGGAGAGAGAGAGGGAGGGAAGGGAGCAAACGAGCGAGCGAGCAUGCCGGCCAAGAUUGUCACCUGUGGAGCUGAUGCUGCCACCAGUUUCCUCCGGGCAGCUCGGUCGGGGAAUCUGGAUAAAGCUCUUGACCACAUCAAGAAUGGGAUCGACAUCAACACAGCCAAUCAGAAUGGACUCAACGGCCUGCACCUGGCCUCCAAGGAGGGGCACGUCAAAAUGGUGCUGGAGCUGCUGCACAACGGCAUCGUCCUGGAAACCACUACCAAGAAAGGGAACACAGCCCUACACAUCGCCUCAUUGGCCGGUCAGGAGCAGGUGGUCAUGGAGCUGGUCAACUACGGCGCCAAUGUCAACGCCCAAUCACAGAAGGGUUUCACUCCGCUGUACAUGGCUGCACAAGAGAAUCACCUGGAGGUGGUUAAGUUCCUGCUGGAGAAUGGAGCCAAUCAGAGCAUUCCAACAGAGGAUGGCUUUAGCCCCUUAGCCGUAGCCCUGCAGCAGGGUCAUGAGAACGUGGUGGCACUGCUCAUAAACUACGGCACCAAGGGGAAAGUACGGCUGCCCGCCCUCCACAUCGCGGCGCGGAAUGAUGACACGCGCACCGCCGCCGUCCUGCUGCAGAACGACCCCAAUGCAGACGUCCUGAGCAAGACGGGGUUCACCCCCCUCCACAUCGCAGCGCACUACGAGAACCUGAACGUGGCUCAGCUACUGCUCAACCGGGGGGCCAACGUCAACUUCACCCCCAAGAAUGGUAUCACGCCCUUACACAUAGCGUCACGGAGGGGUAAUGUGAUCAUGGUGCGGCUACUACUGGACAGAGGGGCGCAGAUAGACGCCAAAACCAAGGACGAGCUCACGCCCCUCCAUUGUGCUGCCAGGAAUGGUCACGUGCGGAUCAUCGAGAUCCUGCUGGACCACGGUGCCCCAAUCCAGGCCAAAACCAAGAACGGGCUGUCUCCGAUCCACAUGGCGGCUCAGGGCGAUCACCUGGACUGCGUGAGGCAGCUGCUCCAGUAUAACGCCGAGAUCGAUGACAUCACGCUGGACCACCUGACCCCGCUGCACGUAGCCGCGCACUGCGGGCACCACCGCAUGGCCAAAGUGCUGCUGGACAAGGGGGCCAAGCCCAACGCCCGCGCACUGAAUGGGUUCACACCACUGCACAUCGCCUGUAAGAAGAACCACAGCCGUGUGAUGGACCUGCUGCUCAAGCACCUGGCAUCUCUGGAGGCCGUGACCGAGUCUGGUCUCACUCCACUCCAUGUGGCCUCCUUCAUGGGACACCUCAAUGUAGUGAAGAUCCUGCUGCAGAAGGGGGCAUCGCCCAGCGCGUCCAAUGUGAAAGUGGAGACUCCGUUACACAUGGCUUCUCGGGCGGGGCACUGUGAGGUGGCGGAGUUCCUCCUGCAGAACACGGCGCCGGUGGACGCUAAAGCUAAGGACGACCAGACCCCCCUGCACUGUGCGUCCCGUAUGGGGCAUAAGGAGCUGGUGAAGCUGCUGCUGGAGCACAGGGCCAAUCCCAACUCCUCCACCACGGCCGGCCACACCCCCCUGCACAUCGCCGCUCGCGAGGGCCACGCCUCCACCGUACGCAUGCUGCUGGAAGGGGAGGCGCAGCAGACCAAGAUGACCAAGAAAGGGUUCACUCCGCUCCAUGUGGCCUCCAAAUACGGCAAGGUGGACGUAGCAGAGCUCCUGCUGGAGAAAGGCGCCAACCCCAACGCUGCUGGAAAGAACGGGCUGACCCCUCUGCAUGUGGCUGUCCACCAUAAUAACCUGGACGUGGUGAAACUGCUGGUCAGCAAGGGAGGCUCCCCUCACAGUGCAGCCCGAAACGGGUACACCCCCCUGCACAUCGCCUCUAAGCAGAACCAGCUGGAGGUGGCCAGCACCCUGCUCCAGUAUGGAGCGUCCGCUAACGCAGAGUCUCUGCAGGGGGUCACACCCCUCCACCUGGCCUCCCAGGAGGGCCGUGCCGACAUGGUGUCCCUGCUCAUCUCCAAACAGGCCAACGUCAACCUGGGAAACAAGAGUGGACUGACCCCUCUGCACCUGGUGGCCCAGGAGGGUCAUGUGGGCAUCGCGGACAUCCUGGUGAAGCAGGGCGCCUCGGUCUACGCUGCCACGCGGAUGGGCUACACCCCCCUUCACGUGGCAUGUCACUAUGGCAACAUCAAAAUGGUGAAGUUUCUCCUGCAGCAGCAAGCCAAUGUCAACAGCAAGACCAGGGUGGGGUAUACGCCCCUGCACCAGGCGGCACAGCAGGGUCACACUGACAUCGUCACGCUGCUGCUGAAACACGGGGCGCAGCCCAACGAGAUUACCACUAAUGGAACAUCCGCCCUGGCCAUCGCUAAGCGACUGGGGUACAUCUCUGUCAUCGAUGUGCUGAAGCUGGUUACCGAGGAGACCGUAUCUGUGACUACCACAGAGAAGCACCGCAUGAGUUUCCCCGAGACGGUGGAUGAGAUCCUGGAUGUAUCGGAGGAUGAAGGAAUUGCACAGCUAACGCUAGGUGAGGAGCUGCUCGGAGUGGAGGGCAGCAGGUACGUGAAGACGGAUGACCUGAAAGACCAUGACGACGAUUUUCUGUCGCCCAAGAAAUCACUGGACUAUGAGAGCGGGCUGGGCACAGCCAACUACUCUCCUGCUAUUCCCAGGAUUCCCUGCGUCUCCCCGGAAACCGUCAUUCUGAAGGAGCAUGUGAUCGAACAGCAGCACACCCCCAUCCCGCUUCCGAAGGAAUACGACGAGGAUUCCCUCAUCCCGAGCAGCCCGGCCACUGAGACCUCGGACAACGUCAGUCCCGUGGCCAGUCCUGUCCACACCGGGUUCCUGGUGAGCUUCAUGGUGGACGCGCGGGGAGGGUCGAUGCGGGGGAGCAGACACAACGGCCUUCGAGUGAUCAUACCCCCGCGCACCUGCGCUGCCCCCACACGCAUCACCUGCCGCCUGGUCAAACCACAGAAACUCACCACCCCGCCCCCGCUGGUGGAGGGGGAGGGCCUGGCCAGCCGCAUCAUCUCCCUGGGACCCGCCAGCAUGCAGUUCCUGGGGCCAGUGAUAGUGGAGAUCCCUCACUUUGCGGCGCUGGGCCGGGGCGAUCGGGAGCUGGUGGUUCUGCGCAGCGAGAACGGGUCCGUCUGGAAGGAGCAUCGGAACCGCUACGGCGACGACGUUCUCGAGACCAUCCUCAACGGCAUGGACGAAGACCUGGAGUGUCAGGAGGAGCUGGGGAAGAAGCGAAUCCGCCGCAUCAUCUCCACCGACUUCCCGCUCUACUUCGCCGUGGUGUCGCGCGUCCAGCAGGAGAGCGAUCUGAUUGGCCCCGAGGGCGGUCAGCUGACCAGCAAGCUGGUGCCCCUGGUCCAGGCCACCUUCCCGGAGACGGCCGUGACCAAGAGGGUCCGCCUGGGACUGCAGGCCCAGCCGGUGCCGGAAGAGCUGGUGGCGAAGCUGCUGGGGAGCCAGGCCACGUUCAGCCCGGUGGUGACGGUGGAGCCGCGCCGCAGGAAGUUCCACAGGCCCAUCGGGCUGCGUAUCCCCCUGCCCCCGUCCUGGAGGGAGAGCCCCCGCGACGCCGGGGAGGGGGACACCACCAGCCUGAGGCUGCUCUGCAGCGUCAUCGGUGGUACAUCCCCAGCCCAGUGGGAGGACAUCACUGGCACCACCAAGCUGGUUUACUCUAGCGAAUGCGCUAACUUCACCACCAACGUAUCAGCACGGUUCUGGCUGGCGGACUGUCCUCGUACAGCGGAGGCGGUCUCCUUCGCUAACGUGCUGUACCGGGAGCUGUCGGCGGUCCCCUACAUGGCCAAGUUCGUGGUCUUCGCCAAGAUGAACGAGGCCCGCGAGGGCCGGCUGCGCUGCUACUGCAUGACCGACGACAAGAUGGACAAAACCCUGGAGCAGCACGAGAACUUCAGCGAGGUCGCCCGCAGCCGGGACAUCGAGGUGAUGGAGGGCAUGCCACUGCACCUGGAGUGUUCGGGGAACCUGGUGCCCGUGCGCAAGGCUACCCAGCAGCCUCGCUGUUUCAGCUUCCAGGCCUUCAGAGACAACCGGCUGCCCGUCUCCGUCAAGGUGAGGGACAGCAGUAAAGACCCAUCAGGAUUUCUGUCCUUCCUGCGGAAGUCCACCAAGUACGAGGACAGCCAGCAUGUGCUGUGCAACCUCAACAUCACCAUGCCCCCCUGCAUCAAGGUUGUGGGGUGUGAAGACCGCAGACGAACUUUGACCCCGCUGGCCCUGAGAGAGAGAUAUAGCGCCUUGAACGAGCCGGCGAUGGCAUCCAUGACCGCCAUGGAGAGGACGGAGCUGAAGAUGGCAGUAAUCUCAGAACAGCUGGGUUUGAGCUGGGCAGAGCUGGCGCGGGAGCUGCAGUUCAGUGUGGAUGACAUUAAUAAGAUCCGUGUGGAGAACCCAAACUCCCUCCUGGAGCAGAGUUCGGCCCUCCUCAACCUGUGGGCCACCCGCGAAGGCAAGAGGGCCAAGAUGGAGAGCCUGUACACAGCUCUCAGGAGUAUAGACCGGACCGACAUUGUCAACAUGCUGGAAGGUCAAGGGUCACAGUCCAGGCCCGGGAGCCGUGAGGGGGGAGGCCGCCGUCAAGGCGACCACGUGCUCAUUACCAAUGGUCAUGGGCUAGUGCAGGAGGACCUGCUCUCCCCGGCCUCCAUGCACUACAGCCUGCCCUCCCCCCUGAGUGGGGAGCCAUACUGGCAGGAGGUGUCCAGCAUGGACUGCGCCCCCAUCGCCACCACAGAAGAAGACACGCUCAUGGAGAUGUCGGAGGUGCAGGUGUGGCCCUCGGGGGCCAGCCCGUCCCUGGUGGCCGUGGAGGACUCCUCGCUGGAGUGCAGCAACGCCGACGAUUCGGAGGGGCUCCUGGGGACCCCCUACGGGACGCUGUGUCGGCCGGACAGCGGGGCGAGCGGCUACAGCCCGUGUGGGGGGGGGCUGAGCGGCUCCAUGGAGCUGGUGGAGGCGGCGGACGACCUGCCGGACGCGAGCGGGACCAACCCCGGGCUGAACGUCAACGGGCUGGACGGAGGUCAGAGGUCGGAGGUCGGGAGGUCAGAGGCGGAAGCGGCGGAUUUGGCGGGCGGCGGCAGAGCCGGAGAAGGAAAGGGGGAAGGAGGAGGAGAGGGAGGAAGAGAGGGAGAGGGAGGAGGAGGAGUGGAGGGGCGGGGCUCAGAGGAUGGCCUUUCUGUCGUUGCAGGACAGCAGCGAGUGUACGCCCGGCUGAGUGAGUCGCCCGGACUGAGCAGAGUCUCCGAGCGCAACGGGGACAGGUCGAGCAGCGCCUCCUUCCUGUCCUACCUGCAGGACCAGUCGAACCCGGGCUGGCACUGCAGCCCAGACUCCCCUCCCAUCUGGGCGGGGCCAAACUCCAGGCAGUGCAUAGAGUCGGUGAUGUCCUCGGUUCGAGCCGGUGUGGGCGGGGACUCCAGCCAGUCGCACGUAUCCCAGGAGUCCCUGCUGCAGCCGGUGCGGGACACGGGACACUCCGAGAUCCUGAUGGGUCACUUUCGGGGCACGCAGCCCUUCGAGAAGGGGCUGGGCUUCCCCCACCGCGCCUCCGAGCUGAGGGGCUGGGACGAGCCACGCCUCAGAAUGCAGGGGGAUGAGCUGGAAGAUCUUCCAGGAGAGCAUGUGAGCGAGGAGCAGUUUACCGAUGAACACGGAAACAUCGUCACUAAGAAGAUUGUGCGGAAGGUUGUGCGGAGGGGAAAGGGCUCGGUGUCGGAGGGGGGGCAGGAGGUGACGGUGGAGGGCACCCUCCUGGAUGCUGAGGAGCUGGAGGAGGAGGCCGAGCAGCUCAUCAACUACGCCGUUCUGGGCCGGGAGGCCGACAAGCCCGAUUUUGUGGACAUGAAGAAGGGGGCUCAGAUAGUGAAACGGGCCAGUCUGCGGAGAGUAAAGCAGUGAGACAGACUGACGCGUCCCCGCAGGAACUGUCCUCGACUCCUAAACCAUCCCUCAUCGACACAUGACAGGCGCCGGGCUGACGAGACACGGGCGACUGCAGAGAGAAACGGAGACGGAAGAAUCAAACGCCCGGAAAAAAAAAACCCACGACGAAACCCAACGACGACACAAACAGCGACUCGGCAACGACGGUGGCGGUUGUCAUGGCGAUUUUGAGUAGCAACACAUUGAAAAAAAAAAAAUGGGGGGGCAAAAAAAAGUGACGAGGAUUUACUCAUAGUUUUCUUACCUUUUUUUAAAAACAAAAACAAAAAAAAAACAACAAUGACAACAACGACAUAGGCAUAGAAGCAUGAUUUCGUAUAAAACAAAAACAAACUAAAAAAGCAACAAAAAUGUGCUUCCUGUUAUCUCUUUAUCAGCAUGAAGAAUGCUGCAGCAUGUCCUUAUCUAGUGGCUGAAGGGGUAUGAGGGGGGGUGGGGUGGGGGGUUGUCCCAGGGCACUGGGGUGGGUUGUGGGCAUUUAAUUUGGGCUGGGUGAAUUUUAAUUAUCUCAAACAGGAGGGGGUACCUAACUGAAAACGGGGGGAAAGCGAAAAUGUACGGAUUAAGGCAGCCCUUUCACCCCCUCCCAAAUCCUGACCCCCCACCCCCUAUAACCCUGACACUACCCCCCGCCUGCACCCUGCCCGAGAUCCGUGUGAUACGGAACGCCUCCGGCUACUCUCGACCCAUUUAAUCGCACUGGCUCGUUCGCUCCAUCCAGGUAUGGUUAUUGUACAUAAUAUAUGCACUAAAUGCUAUGUGAAUGUGUGUGCGUGUGUGCGUGUCUAUGUCACAGAAUCUACCCUGCGUGACACUGCUGCUGGCUCAGUACCUACCGUACUCUUUCCUGGUUUCUCUCGUUUGGUUAAAUAUAUGCGUAUAUAUCCUAAGACUGCUCUGUGUGUGUAUGAGGAAAAAAAACUCAACUUUGUUGUCAUUCUGCCUAUGAGUUUGUAUGUCAGUUUUGUUUGUGUGUGAGGGUGUUUGUUUUUGGUUUUUUUAAUGUUCUUGUUUUUUUCCCCCUGCCCCCCUUGUUCCCUCUCUCCCCACCCAUCCACCAUGCACACACCCCCCCCCCCCCCCUCCCUUUUGUCCUUCGGGAUGUUAUUGGGUUCCAAAGUGUCUCAAGGUUUGUUGUGUUUUUGCAAAGCUCCCCCUGGCUUCUGGUGCCGCUUUGUUUUACAGCCUCCCUCACAACCGUACCUGUGCAUCUAUAGUUCUGAACACCCCCACCUGCAAAGUUCUCCUCUUUUACUCCCAAAUGCAAAGAUGGUCCCGUCACAGAAGACCCCCCCCCCAGACACACACACACACGUAGACACACCCUCACACAUGCACACACUCACACGCGCACACACACUCCUGCAUGCACACACAUGCAGACACACACACACGCACGCGCUCACACACACGCAAACACACAUACACAUCUGCACACAUCUAUGCCCUCCACCGAAAUCACCGUGUCUUCCAGGGUCCUGUGACCCAGCUUCUCGCUGUGAGCUCACUUGUCUGCAGUGCUUUGUGGAGUGGCGCCCCCCUCUGGAUGCUUCACGCCAUUGCCCUGGCCAUGCACAAACACUCUUCUUUCUGUCCCAGUGGCUCAGCUUCCGGUCGACUCUCAUUCUCCAUCUUUGCUGGUGCAGUACCAUCGACUGCCAUAGGAGGGAGCCCUAGAAUCCUGCUGCUGGCUCUAAAGAUCACAGACCAGCUGAGCUCCUCCAGGAAAGACAGAGCCAACCUGGACUUCUCUACGUUAGCGAGCGUCUCUAUGUUGGCGAGCGACUCUCUGUUAGCGAGCGUCUCUCUAUUAGCGAGCGUCUCUACGUUAGCGAGUGUCUCUCUGUUAGCGAGAGGUUCUCCGUUAGUGAGCGUCUCUACAUUUGCGAGCGGGUCUCCGUUAGCGAGUGUCUCUACGUUAGCGAACAUCGGUUGUGGUUCAGUGGUUCCACACAGACUCAGUUGAGAGGGGGGAAGCAGAAAGCAUAUGUUUUUUUGUUUUUUUGGUCGUUUUCUUUAUGAAUUAUUGCAGCUCUCUUUCUUAACUCCACUCAGGGGCGGAGUAAUGAUAGAGCCACUAAGCACUGUGAUAAAAGACCACAACACUGACCCCACCCCAAAAACUACCCCCCACACCCGACACCCAACCCCCAACCCAUCUCCAUCCUGUCCUCCAGAUACACCCUCUCUCUCUUUCUCUGCCUGCCGGCAUCCCCAAAUUUACACACCCCUCGCUCCCUCCCUCCCUCCAUCCCUCCUCUGUUUGGUGGGGGGGGGAGAACCAAGCCAGAUUCUUCUCUUUCAACAACAGCAAUAAUAUUUAAAUUAUAUUCAUAUGUGGGGAAGGUGGGGGCUUGGAUGUUAGCGUGUGUGUAAUGUGUGUUCAGAGGAUAAGAGGGGUUGCAGGAUCUUUGCUCACACACAUAUACAUGCACACGGACACACACAUUCACACACAUAUACACACACACACACACACACACACACACACACUAUGAGCUUCCAGUCUUGACUCAAACCAGCCAGACUUAUCAUAGUAGACCCUUAAUUCUGGACAUAAGGACAGUUUUUACUUUCACAGUAUUUGUGUGACUAGAGGGACAAGACAUUCAGGACCUCUCCAGAGAUCUGGAAAUGUGUGGAGUUCAGGAUGUAUCACAGUGAACCCUAAGUUUCUACCCUCACACACGGGCCACAAUGUGAGCUACCUGCUUUUAAGGGUUUUGGGAGGUUUUUUGUUGGUUCCUUACCCCAGGUUGACCUGCUUCUGCAUCCCUGGGGACUUCGAUGUGUUUCUCCCUUGUAGGUUUUUGUGAAGACUCUCCCAAUAUCUACAUCAUGAUGUAGCACUUCCUCCUUCUAGUUUUCUUCUAUCUCAUGUAGCCAGAGUUUUAUAUGUCUAUUGUAGCAGUGUACACAGACACACAGGUACACAACCACACACACACGCCACACACACACACGUGUGUUCUCACCCAUAAAGGAAUGUAGUGCACUUAUGAUAAGUGCUAACUCUCAGAUUCAGACGAGUAGCCAUUUCCGAACCAUUGUUGUUUUCAAAGCCUUAACAUACAUAAAUGUGUCAGAUCGAGGGCUGUUCACUACCUCUGUACAUGCAGGCUGAGUCUGCAAGCAGAGCGCAGUUUGAGUUUGUUUGCAUGUGUGUGCAUGUGUAAAUGCAUUGGACAGCGCCCUCUUGUGGCUGACUGCAGUAGCGCACCUGGAACAGAGGCUAUGAAAGCCACAGGCAGGUACAGGUGUGGGGCUAAUGCAGUUGCAUCGUACCCUCCUGUCCCAGAGACUGAAACGGCACAUUGAAGCAAUGGCUUAGAGCCAGUUCCUCAAACUGUACGUUAUCAAAUAUUACAUUAUUAUUGGUGCUCCAUAUCAGUCCUAGUCAUGUUGUCAGAGACCAGCGUUGAUAUGGUGAACGCAUGAAGACGUUAAUAAAACACUUGCAGCUAAACCAUCUGACAAAUAUAAGCACAUAAGAAUAGUCCCUCUGAUUGGUGUUAAUCAGAGCUCCUGCUGAUUUAACUCUCACGGGUUUGUUUUUUGUGUUCUCGCCUGAAAUUGGAAGUGGCAGGUUCCCUGCCUGUGUUCGUGUCGUUCCAAUGGGUCUGUUUUUGGUGGUUCUUAUGUUUUCCUGGGGCUCUGAACCUGUGUUGGUACAGCGGCAGUGCAUUCUGGGUAUCAUACAACCGUACAUGCAAUGUCAGGCCAUGUGUGUGGGUGUCAGUUAUUUUUUUGGCCUGUCUGUCACUCAGGUUUUAGCUACUGUGGGGAAAUUGACAGAUAUCCUUCUCACCCCCAACCCCCCACCCAACCCCACACUUGAUGAUGUCAUAAGAAAAUUAGAAAACAUGGGAGGGGGGGUUGGGAAUGUUGGGGGAUGAUGUCAAAGUACUGACGAAACCAAAUGUAUUGUGUAAGUUGAAAAACAAAGGUGAAAACUGAUUGAUGGCUGAGUUGUAGCUUUUCAAUGGUUGGGCUGUGUACUUUUCUAUUGAUUUUUGUUUGUUUAUUUCUUGUUCCUUUUUUCGAUGGGAUUUUCAUUUUCAUGUAAUCAAUUUGCAAACAAAAAAUUGAAGGGACAUCAAGUCCUUUCUCAACUGGGGGACAGGAGGGAGAGAGAAGGGAGAUGGGGUCUUGGAGGGAUGACCGUCUCAAACCUCCCCUAAACUCCUGAGACAUUGAGCCGGUCCAGAGCCCCUCACACAGCAAUGGUCCUACAGGAAGAGUCCAUCUGAGUGAAAGAGGAGGGGGGAGGGGAAGAGUGAGUUGAGGGCUCCAGAUUAUUUCGAUGAAGAAGAAAAAAAACAAAAAAACAAAGAAAGAACCUUGAAAUUAUGAUAAUAUUAUAAACAAGUUCCUGCAAAAAUAUUAACUUGCAAAAACUAGAGUUCACUUAUACUCCUUUAGAAUGGAUUGAUGACAUUAUUAACGCAAUAGCAUUAUACUCAGUACUACGGAAUGCAACUGCGCACAUGCACAGAAAAAUGUUUUUAAUAUAAAUAUAUAUAAAUAUAUGAAAAAUAUAUAUUUCAUUAGAAUGCUAUGCACCGUUACUUGCUAUCUGGGACUAGAGUUAUGUUAUGGGUGUACUUUUAGCAUCUUAGCUACCAAGAGACUAUUGAAUUAUGGAAAUGUCUGCAACCUGUGAAAUUAUAGAGGGCUUGUAGGCAUUUUAACUUGUUUUAUUUUCAUUUUUUAUUGUUAUGGAGAGGGAAAAAAGGAAAAUAUAUACAAGCCUUUCAGUCGGAUUCAAUCUGACAUGAAGAUAUGUGUAGAUAAUUUACCCUGUACACCAGCUCAAAUCAUUUACAGAAAUUAAUAAAUAAAGAAAAUGAAAUAUU